AUGAUUCUGCUGCAUGGAUGUUGGAGGAUCAGAAGGGUUGUUUUGCCUCCUUUACUGCAGUGCUGUAGUCAUUAGGAUUGCUGUACAGAGGGGUGGAUUUGCUGCAGUAACAGGAGGGGUACGAGGGAUGGACAGAGAAGUGAGGAGAAGAAACCUCUGGAGCUGCAGAUUUAUCAACCAGGUUUUGAUUCUUGCAGAUAGCGCUCGGUGCCCGCGCUGGCAUCGGAUGGCUCUAUGGCUUGGAUGGGCCGGGAACGUCAUCCUGCUGGCAGCUGUGAUCGCGCUUGGUGUUUGGGGUCAGACUGGAAGACAGAGAACAACAAAUGGAACUGAAUGUAAUUCCAGCCUGAAGGAUUCCCAGUCUUGCUCGAAUCAAAGUUUGUAUCCAAAGCCAGACAGCAACUCAACAGAGGGCUGUGGGUGUAAACUGUGCCCCGCUGACUGGCUGCCGCACAGGAACAAGUGCUACUGGGUCUCUAAAGAAAGUAAAACGUGGAGUGAGAGUUGUGAGGACUGCUCAGGGAAGAGCUCUCAAAUGCUCGUGAUCCAGGACAAGGAGGAGAUGGAGUAUGUACUGAGUAUUCCACAACUGAACCAGGUCUGGCUUGGACUCAGUGUUACAUCCCCAGAGAGGAAAUGGACCUGGGUGGACGGCUCCACGUUCGAUGAAACACUGUUCCAGCUGACAGGCGCUGCUGACAGGGAGAGCUGUGGGAUGAUCAAAGGGAACCGCACUAUUUCAGAAACCUGCACAGCUGUAGCUAAAUGGAUUUGUGAGAAAGUUGCCCUGAAAUAAGCAGUCACACCAAUGAGCUGCACUUGCGUAACUGAAAUAGCAAGUGUCCCUGUUUAUUUUCUAAAAGAAAAACACAUUUGCUAAUUAAAGAAUUAUAAAGCCUCCAACAAAUCCCUUUUCCAAGGAAGAUCCAUUCACUUGUUCCUCGGGAGCUGGGUCUGAUUUCAUGAGGAGCUGGCUGCCCCCUGGGCAUCGCGUGUGAGCAGACACUCUUGGCUCUCAGGAAUAGUUUGAAAAUUAAAAAAGUCGUAAAGCAGCAAUGUCACUUUUGAAGACCUACGUGCCAUUUGGCCACAUCUCAAAGGCAGAGUUUUGAACAUUCUUCCACCCAGCCCCACUUUCAGCCAUAGCCUCUAAUUCUGUGGGAGAGUUAGGUGAAGAAGCACCAGUUUGUAUUCCCACAUCUGGUAGCUGUUUACCAUUUAUGCACCCAAAUCUGAGCGCACAAUAGUUCUUGUCACAGAUCCACAGGGUCUGCUCUAUGCCCAGCCUGUAACCAGUCCCUUGGGCGUGUCCCCUUUAGUGGGCUGGGCCUGGCCCAUGGCCUCCAAGACUCCAAAACUGGGCCUUUGGCACCAACGAUCCCUAUCUCUCUGGCUCCCUGCAGCGAAUCCAGACUCCUACAGGAGGCUUGUGUACACUGGACCCCUGCAGCACACACGGCUCCCAGUGAGUAUUUGCAGCAACACCAGGCAGCCUUUUCAAAACAAGGUAACACUUUAUUAGUCACCUGCAUAUAGAAUCUGAAAGUCCCUAGGGCAGCAAUGAGAGGCAAAGGUUAAGGCCUGGUCCCCAGUGGCCAAGCCAGUGCAAUCAGCCAGCCGAGCUGAUAUGGGGUCCAUUUUUUCUCCAUGUUCUUAUGAGUCCCAAGUGCAAAAUUCUGUCUCUUCAGAGUCCAGCCCUUCUCCGAGUCAUCACCCUUUGCUCUCUAGCUGGGGCCUGUUUGCCGCUUCCCUUCCGAGAGGUGGCAGGGGAAAUCUCCUUUGUUUGAACAUCAUGGUCACUGGGGUUCCCAAUUGCCUUUCCAAAUUCUCCGUUGAUCUGGGUUGGUUUCUGCCAGUCCUUUAAUGAUCCCUUCAUACCUCCCCAGACAGCUGUGUGACGCAAACACCUCCUGUCUCUUAAUCUUCCUCCAAGAGCAGGUUUAACCCUUUUGCACCCCCUGGGUAGCAAUGCAUAGAGAAACUGAGGCACACAUGAAAAAUAUUACAGAAAAUGCCCACUUUGUCUGGGAUUUCCCUCCCCCCCCGCCCCAAAUAUCCUUGAAUGUACAUUUAUGAGCAUGCUAUGAGACCUCCCCUUGGACAAUCUGAUCCUAAAAUCUUUGCAGACACUGCUCUGGGAAUCCACAGGAUUCAGCGCCUGCACUUGCUAGUCACUAAGAGUUGCCCUGUGUCCAUAAACUGCUCAGCCAGC